AUACAGUAUAUGCUUUACUGCGAAACAUAUUGUGAAUAUCUUAUACCUAGAGUCGAUUAUCAAUUUUCGAACACCUAAUUCAGGUUUAUUUUGCAAGUGUCGAGGUAACGUAAGGUAAAGGUGUUUGUUUUUGGGCUUUUACCACACUAAGGUUGAUUUUUGUGGCUCAAAAAAGGUGCACACGUGCAUUUAAAUGGAAGAAGUUCUUCGUAAAUUUAAUCACGAAAUAGAACUUUGUUCUUUCAACUCAUCAAUGUCAACUUGCAAUUAUACCAUGGGUUACCAUCUCAAAAAUGUCUAUUCAGUUCGUCUAUCUUAUCAAAACUUUCUGCUGAUAGCCUCGAAAAUUAUUUAAACAGUUCAAAGUCCUUUGCAAAUUUGUUUUUUAUCAAUUUUAACCCCCCUUAUUAUUAUUUUCUAGCUUUCAGCAAUAAGAGCAAGGGCAGUCUAAUUCUUGUAUAGUUUUUACUUUUCCUUAGAACAGAUUGGGGCUUAAACAUUUCCAAAUGAGGACAGUUAUGAAUAACCACUGAUCCAAACAACAAAAAAGUCAAAUACUAUGGAGUCUGUUGAAAAAAUUUAUUGUCAGUGUAAAAAUAGGCUAGUAUUAAGAAAUUUUACAUGUCCUAUGUCACCGUUCGAUCGAAAUAGAAGUACUGUAUUGUAUAUUGAAUAUGCCAUUUCAGAUAAAGAUGCAGCAGUCAGUAAAUUAAAUUUAUCGCUUCAGGGUAUUUCAUAAGUAAUCGUCUAGACUCGAUAGGCGGGGGCAUUUCGGAUCAAAAAGUCCCCAAAAUGUGUUCCGGCCCUAACUUUAGUAUAUUCGAUAUAAUAUGGCCGUUUAAUUUUAAAAAAUACCAACAGUUUUGUGGACCUGAUAGCCCGCCGCUGCAUCUCGCAUUGCUGUAUGAGUAAUAAUAAUCUACGAGUAAAGGAGCCUCGAAACUUUUGUUUAUAAAAACGGAUAAGAUAAGAUAAAUCUUAAAUGCAAAAAAUCGUGAUUAUCCGUGACAAGUUUAGGCGUAUAGGUGCUCGACAAUGGCUGUGGUUUCCUUCAGAAUCAUUCCCCUUUGUUUGGUGAUGUUUUACUUUUGCUGGGCAUACGCGGUAGAAAAUUCGGCGAUCACUGACGACGACGAAGACACGAGUGAAACCAGCGUGUGGUACCAGUUAAUGACGACGCUGGAGGGGGUAACGGGUUUGAAUAGUUUAAUUCCCUCCUAUACGGUGACACUUGCCUGCGAAAAUAUAACGAAAUGCACAAUCGAUCCCAAGGGUGACUUGAUUUGGGAAGCCAGGCAGGAAUUAUACGACAGUUUCUUCUCGUUCAACCUUCCCGAUGAACAAGCCAGUUCGAGUAUCGACGGUUGUCUAACGACGAACACUGAAAAAGAGGCCUACCAAUCGUGCAUGAAUGACGUCCGAAUGCGGAUGAACACGUACGUGGUCCUCAACUUCGAGAAAUAUCUGACAGAUCGGCUCAACGCUGGCUGCGACCUAACCGAAACGAAUUGCUACGAGUUGCGAAAAUCUGCAGUAUAAUUAAAUUGAUCAAUAAAUAUUCAGAUUAAAGAUUUUUGUUUAGCAACAUGUGUAAAAAGUCGCUAUACUUUUCCAGGUCUAGCAAUAAUUGUUUUAAAUUUGUUUUAAUAGUGUAUUAUGGCGAAAAAUUUAAGUUAAGUUAAAGUUUAGAAGAUACACGCCAUUUAGUCACGAGUUUGCGCACAUUUUUAUUUUUAUUUUUAUUUAUUAUUUUUAUUAUUUAUUAUUGUUUAUUACAUGAGCAAACUGUCAACAUUUAAAAAUAAAGAUCUAAUACACUG